AUGAAUACUAUUUCAUUAUUGAAAUCAAUUCGAAUUCUUUAUAUUCCUCCAUAUUAUGAACAUCAUUUUGAAUUAGCAGUUGAUAGAUUAACCAUACAUGAUAAACAUAUUGACUAUCAAGUAUUUACUAUUGAUAAAAAAUAUAUAAUAACCAAUGAUCUUAAUUUAUUAUUAUCUAUGUGUCGAACUAUAAUUCAAGAAGAACAUAUACAAAUGUUGAUUGCUGAUAGUCAUAUAGGUCAAUUAAUUGUAGCAAAAUUAUGUCAAGAAUAUCCACAAUUAUAUAAUAAGGGAAUGAAUUUUUUAAGCACACUUCAAUGUAUUAACCGAUAUUUAAUGAUCAAUCUCUUUGGAGUCAAUGAAUGUGUACCUACUUUAUUUAUUGAUAUAGCCGAAGAUCAGAAAAUAAAUUCUGAAAAUAUGCAAAUCUUUUUACCAGAUAAUAAAAUAAAUGGUUAUGUAAAAUCAUUAUAUGGUUUCGAUAAUCAAUUGUCUAGUUUCUAUUUUUCAUCAUCGGAAAUGUAUAGUGAAACUAUUAAUACUUAUAUUAAACUUUAUAAAGAGCAACAUUUAACAAAACUUCUUUCUCUUUUUCGAAUUUAUACUUCAAUAGAACAAUAUCCAUUUAUAUUUAAAUCAAGUUAUCUUAUUCAACCUUUUUUCGAUCUUACUAUAUAUCCACAUUGGCGUCUUGUUAUUGCUAAUGCAUGCAUAUUUGAUAAAGAAAUUAUUAUGUGGCCACUUGUAGAUGGUUAUUCUGGAUGGCCAUUUCUUGCUGAAAAACCAUUGGCAAUUAUGCCAAUUAUUGUUUGUCCAAGUCGACAAUUAACAGUUGAACAACAAAAUAAAAUCUAUAUUCAUUUUCGACAACAUCUUAAUUAUCUUAUAGAAAAUCAUCAUCUUCAUUAUGGUUGGAUUGAAUGUUCUUAUUUUAUUUCAUGUACAAAUGAAAUUCGUUUAAUAUCAAUUAAACCGACAUAUUCAGUUUAUUUAACUGAAGCAUUCAAUUCUAUCAAUCAAUAUGGAAAUCCAGUUAUAGCUCUUGUUCAAUUAUCGAAUCAUCAACGACCUCAAACACCUAUUCUUAAUGGAAAAACUGUUUAUAUUCAUAGAUUAUAUACAAAUGUUCAAGAAAAAUAUUGUAUCAAUGAUUUAAUUAAUAUGAAAGAAAUUAAAAGAAUUCAUCGAUCAAAUAGUUGUAUGAAUUAUUAUGUUCGAUUACGUUUUCAAGAAGAUGAUAUAAUAAAUAAUGAUAAUAAACAAAUAUAUACUGAAAUUGGUUUUAUACAAGUAAAUGGUGAUUAUUAUGAAAUUGGUUUAAGAAAUUUAAUUGAAUUUCGUUAUAUAUUAUUGAAGAAACCUGAAUUAAUUCCAUUUAGUCAUCCAUCUAUGUUAAUUAAUAAUCCAUAUCAAUUUGAUUCUAUUACAUGUUUACCAUCGAAACAAUUACUUGAACAAUUGGAAAAUAUUCGAAUACAAGAACAAAAAGACUUAAUUUGA